GAGAUUCCUUUACACAGUUCCGAUUUGCUGAUGAAAAAGAAUGGGAUAGAGAAAGCAUGUGCCAGAAACAGUUGUCUGCACUGUCAGUUGACUGCCAGGUUUUGGUCCAGGCCCUUCAGGAAUUGCCUCUACAUGUGCGGCUGAAUGUCAGUGAACUUGUGCAGGCAUCAACACCUGUAGAACUCCCACAGAUGAAGUCUAAAAUCCUUGAAGACGGCAAGAAGAGAGAGCUUCUGUUCCGACAGUCUCUGGCUCAAAGUGAAAUGGUGUUGGUCUCCCAUCCUGUUGGUGAUUCUGUUGUUCUAUCAGAGCCUGGAAGUAAAAACAGUCCUAGGGCAUGUGCAGCAGAACCAUUUCAGAGAGCCCAGCCACUAUCAAAGCAAGAGACUGACCAUUUGGAUGAAGAACUAGAUCGCCUCCUCAAUCUAGAUGCUCCCAUUGAUACAGAAAACAGACCUGCGUCGGGUGCAUUAUCCUACAACAUAUCAACUGAGAAAGACUUGAAAAUGGAUUGCAAGGAAAACAAUGCUUUAACGCUAGAUGUGCCUGAAGAGAAGAGUACAGCAUCACAGCAACAGCAAAGUGCAGCUAAAAAUGUUACUGAGGAAGAGCUCGAAGAUUGGCUGGACAGCAUGAUUUCCUGA